AUGGGCUCCGAAAAGAUCCUUCCACAGGAAGGGCAGAGAAAUAUUCUCAUUACUUCUGCUUUACCCUACGUGAACAAUGUACCGCAUCUCGGAAACAUCGUGGGUAGCGUGCUCAGCGCCGAUGUCUUUUCCAGAUACAACAAAGCCCGCGGGCGACCGACGCUUUUCGUGUGCGGGACGGAUGAGUACGGCACAGCUACCGAGACGAAGGCACUAGAAGAGGGCGUCACCCCGGAAGAACUAUGUGCGAAAUACAACAAGAUUCAUUCUGAAAUAUAUGAAUGGUUUGAGCUGGGCUUUGACAUCUUUGGCCGAACGCCAACGAAACAGCAUACAGAAAUCGCACAGGACAUAUUCCUAAAGCUCCACGCCAAGGGUCAUCUGACUGAGCACACCAACAGCCAGCCUUUCUGUGAAAAGCACGGGAAGUUUUUGGCCGACCGUUUCGUCGAAGGUACUUGCCCGAAAUGCGGCUAUGACGACGCUCGCGGAGAUCAAUGUGACAAGUGUGGCAGCCUGCUCGAUCCCUUGGACCUUAUCAACCCUCGCUGCAAGGUAGAUGGUGCGACUCCUGUAACAAAAGAGACGAAACACACAUACCUGAGAUUAGACGAAUUACAACCAAAGAUCGAGGAGUGGUCGAAGAAGUCUAUUGAAAAGGGUGGAUGGUCAAGAAGCGCCAAAAUCAUCACCGAGUCAUGGCUAAAACAAGGUCUCAAAGAAAGAGGCAUUACUCGGGAUCUGGCCUGGGGUGUCCCAGUCCCUUUGCCGGGCUACGAAAAUAAAGUACUGUAUGUGUGGUUCGAAGCUUGCAUCGGUUAUCCCUCCAUCACGGCAAACUACACCGAGGAGUGGGAAAAGUGGUGGAAGAACCCGGAGAAUGUGCAACUCUAUCAAUUUAUGGGCAAGGACAACGUUCCGUUCCACUCCGUCAUUUUCCCUGGGUGCCAGAUCGGCACUACCGAGUCAUGGACCCAACUACAUCACCUUUCUUCGACUGAGUACCUAAAUUACGAAAAUGGAAAAUUCAGCAAGAGCCGCGGAAUUGGCGUUUUCGGAAACAAUGCAAGAGAAACCGGGGUGCCAGCAGAUGUCUGGAGGUAUUACCUUCUUAAGAAUCGCCCAGAGUCUGGCGACACUCAAUUCGAAUGGCGGUCAUUCAUCGAUGGCAACAACGCAGAGCUUCUCGCAAAGUUGGGAAAUUUCGUCAACCGAGUCAUCAAGCUCGUCAACUCUCCGAAAGCUUACUCUGGCGUCAUACCAGACUUUGAUGCGCACAAUCUACCCUCAUCCUUCAAGCAGCACUUGGACGAUGUCACAGCUCUCAUGAAGCAGUAUCUGGCCGAAAUGGAAGCCGUGCACCUUCGAAAUGGGGUUCUUGUUGCCAUGAAAGUGGCAGAGGCAGGCAAUGGUCUCAUUCAGGCACAUAGACUUGACAAUGCCCUAAUUGCCAGCGAUCCUACCCUAGCCGCGGCAGUGGUUGGCACCGUGAUCAACUUGAUCUACGUUUGCUCUGCCAUCUUCGAACCUUAUCUUCCGGCCACAUGUGCAUCAAUCCGCAAACAGUUGAACGCCGACUUUCUUCAGAUCCCGUCGGAGGAGGACAUUGAAGGUGGCUGGCUCCCGACGUAUAUCAAACCUGGCCACAAGAUUGGAAAAGCAGAGUAUCUCUUCACAAAGAUAGACGAAAAGAAGGCAGAUGAGUGGCGGGAACAUUUCGGGGGAAAUCAGGCUGAGCGGGAGAAGAAGAAAAAGGCGGAAGCCGAAAUUGCCGCCAAGAAAGCCGCAGACAAAGAAAAGAAGAAGGCAAAGAAGGCCGCUCAGAAGACCGCUAAAGCUACAGGGGACGAGGGUGUCGAAAGCACCGCAAAAGGUGGUGCAGAGGGCAAAGAACGGGUGAACAGUGUGCCUGAAGUUGGAGAAGACGCAGCAGUCCAAAAGGUUGCGGACGGUGUCGCUCAAGUCACUUUGCCGUCAUCUUAA